AUGACGAGCAGUAUUCGUAAUAUUCCUCUUGAUAUAGCAUCUGAACGUAUUCUAAGUUACCUUCGAACACAUAAUUAUGAUGAUUGCGCUCUUUACCUUAAUCGUCUUAGUUCAAAUACAUUCCGAAAAAUUCUAUCCAACUAUCUACCAAUUGAUACAUUACUCGCUCAGCUACCAUUUUCAAUUGAAGUUUUUGAAAUAGUCUAUUCGAAAAUAUUCAUCUACGAUCCAGAUAUAUUUCCUGUACGAAUACUUAAACCGGAAAAGAUUAUUUCAAAAAUGAUAAGUUUAUUUGCAACAUCAUUUAUUGAAAAGCCCGUCACAACAUCGUCUUCAACGGCACAAACAAAAAAAGAGAUCGUCAUGGAUGAUGAACGUUUAUUAGCCAAUCUUUCUAGUUUACUUCGAAUUAUUUCCUAUGUACAACCAAUUUUAUUCAAACGUCUUUUACAUCAAAAAGAAACCAUCGACGAGUGUAUUCUCUUUUUUGAACAAUCGAAUUCGAAUACAACUAGUAUUUAUAGUGCAUUGAAGAAAUCUCCGUCAACAACUUCUUUAACACAGAAGAAUCUUGAAGAGACAAUUCGCCAAGAAUUAGAAUCAACAAUUAAUUGCUGUCAACAAGCAUUACAUAGCCUUGAUGGAAAAGCAGUGACAGCUCGAACAUUAACAUCAUCACAUACAACACCAGUAGCAACAAGACAAAAUUCAUCAAUAUCAACAACGCACACAACGCCAAGUUCAUUUGAUGAUAUUCAAAAUCGUCUAUUUCAACAUAAAGCUAUUUUAAAUAUCAUUGAACCACAUUUAUCUCGUACGAAACUCUAUUCAGUGAUCGAUAAUCUUGGAAAUAAAGUUUCAAUAGAUAAACAAAUUCUAUUGGCUUAUUCUCAUAUAAAAAUACACGAAAAACAAAUUCCUUUCGGUGAACCACUUUUACCAUUAUUUAAACGAUUUGCUUUUGCUUACGAACGUAUCAUUCAAUUGUGGCGACAUGUCACUGACAGUACAUUGAUUGACGAAUGCACCGAUGAUAUUAUAAUUAGUAAUACAACUACUAAAGAUGUUAGUGGAUUUUGUUUCGAACGAUCACGCUCUCAAGAACCACGGCCCUGUCGAAAUCGAUAUGACACCGAACUUCUGUUAUACAAGGACGACAUGGCGUUUAAAAAUGAACCAAUGGAUGAAAAUACUCCAUCGGGAGAUAUAGAUUAUGAUUGA